GUUAUAAUAAGAAUGCAAAACUUUAAUAGUAUGAUGGAUUUUUUAAAAGGACAGGUAUUAGAUAGAGAAGAAGAAUGGAAAAAGGAAAGGUAAGAAUAUUAAGUAAUUAUUAACUUUAAUAAGGAAAGUCAUUAAUAACGGAAUUAAGAGAAUAAUUAGAGGAUUAAAAAAACAUAAAUAAACAAUUAACAGUACGUCUUGAAAGGUUAGAAUCAAUUAAAUAUUCCUUUUUACCGAAUUCUGAAAUAAUUAAGUAAAUUACUGAGAUCAUUUAGGAAAUAAUCGAAUAAAAAACUUCAUCAUCGAGUUAAGAGUGAUAUUGGAACAUUUUUUAAGAAUGAUAUUCAUGAUUAAAAAUUAAUUACCCAACCUAAUAAUGAGAAAAUACUAUCAAAAGAAAAGAAACCAUUAUUAUUAAAGUAAAUUAAGAAUAGUUUAAAUAUAGUUUUUUAAAAGAACUCAAAAAUGAAGAAAAUGAUGAAGAUGAAGUGUUAAAUUAAAUUAGCUAUCAUUCUCCUAUAAAUUUACAACUAUCUUAAACUACAAAAAUCAAUUAAAUAUUAAUUAAUUAAAACACAUAUAAUACAUGUUAAUAAAUAUCUAAACAUCAUCAUCAAAGAAGCAAUAGCAAUGGAGCAAAUGAAUUAUUAAAUUUUGCAAUUUCAAGAAAAAAAUUAAAUUUAGAAACAAGUUAGAAUCAAUUAGAAAGUAUAAGUUUAACAGAAAGAGAGAUUGUAGUUGGAAAGGAAAUAUUUUAAACAAAAGGAUAAUUAAGAAGUCAUUUAGAUGGUGUUAGAUCUAUUUUAUUUUAAAAUAAUUUUAUAGCAACUGCCUCAGAAGAUUGUACAAUAAAAUUAUGGAAUCUAAAUUAAAUUCAUUCUAUGAAUUCAUAAACACAUUUAGAGCCUGUUUAAACUAUAAGAUGUAAAUCUAUUACAUUAUAUAUAUAGAACAUAACAGGCCAAUUUUUACAAUGACUGCUUAUUCUAAAACUCCUUAAAUACAUCUGUAUUCAGCAGGAAUAGAUGGAACUAUUAGAACUUAUAUAGGAUCAGGUGAUUAACAUUUUUCUUGGCAUGCUCACACUGAUGUAAUUUGGUCUUUAAAACAUCAUCCACAUGAUUUAAGAAUAUUAUCAUCAUCAGCAGAUGGUUCAGUUAAAAUGUGGAAAUCUUUAGGAGUAUGUUAUUAAAAUGAUUUAAUCAAAAAAGGUAAUUUAAAUCUUGAAAUGUUAUAAAAUCCACUUGCUAAUUUUACUUUUAAGAAAUCAAUGACUGGAUUAUCAAUUCCAACAGCAAUAGAAUGGAUAUGCAAAGGUUUUAAUGAAACUAUAAUUUGUGGUUAUAGUGAUACUUUGACGUUUAUUGUUUAUGAUGUUACAAGUGUUAAGGCAAUUUCAUAAAUCAGAUUUGAUUAUGAUAACUAAUUUAAUCUCUUUGCUUAGCCGAAUAAAAUAUUAUUUAAUAAUGAACUUAAAUAUAUUGUAUCCGGUCAUGAUGAUAAUAAAAUAAGAUUUAUUGAUAUCAACACCAGCAAAGUUUGUAAGACUCUUAUUGGACAUACUGAUUCUGUAACUGAUUUAUGUUUACUUUCCAAAAAUAUCUAUCAAUUAGCAAGUGUAAGUCAUGAUGGAAGUUUGAGAACAUGGGAUAUCAGAAAAUUUCAAUGUCUACAUGAAAUACCAGUAAAUUAUUUAAUAUAUCUACUUAGGCACAUAAAUAAAAAUACGAUGAAGGUAUUUAUACAAUAACAAGUAAUAAUUAAUUUGUAGCAACUGGAGGAGCAGAUGGUAUAGUUAAAAUUUUUAAUUAUUCUGAUGUCGUUUCAUGA